AUGCCAGCUCCCGCCACUAUCAACGCACCUCAGCGUAUCCUACAACUCCUAUCUGAGCUUCACCAGAAGUCACUGGAUCAGGAGGCUGUCCUCUCCAAGACCGGCAAAGUAUUUUCCUCUAAGGCUAUCGGCGAUUUAGAAGACCAGCAUGGCCAGGGAGAGGCCAAGAACGAGUUUGACAAGCUCAUGCUGGAUAAGUUCGUCGCACUGGAUGAAGACAAGUGCCGGUUCACGUACCAGCUAAUCAAUGCUAUGGGCGCCACCAAUGUCGUGGAAGCCGGCACAAGCUUCGGCGUCAGCACCAUCUAUCUUGCGCUUGCUGUCGCUCAGACCAAGGCUACAACGGGCAAAUCCGGAACCGUAAUUGCGACGGAGAAAGAGAGGCAAAAAGCUGCGAUUGCGCGCGGCUACUGGAAACAGUGCGGUUCGGUGGUCGAGCAAGAGAUUGACUUACGGGAGGGGGAUAUACUCGAAACAUUGAAGCAGGGGCUUCCGUGGGUUGACCUUCUCCUUCUUGACAUUUGGUCGGCGCUCGCUUUGCCGACGCUUAAGACAGUUCUUCCUCGACUACGACCUGGCGCGGUGGUCCUGACUGAUAACACGAUCUCAGCGGCGGACGGAUACAAGCAUUUGUUGGAAUUCUUGCGAGAGCCGAAGAACGGCUUCCAGAAUAUGACUUUGCCAUUUACCAGCGGAUUUGAGAUGAGUGUUUAUCUGCCGGGAGUAAUAAGUUAG